ACGAUACCAAUGAUCUUAACAUUUUUUAUUAUUUUUUUAUUUCCAUCUGCAUUGCCCGCCAUAAUAUCCUGCCGGCGCGUGCCAGAAAUAGACGUUCCCUCAUUUUAUAUAUGCUACGCAGGGGGUGCAACGACACGCGUGCAUCGUGUAUGCAUCCACGAAAAGACCAAGGGAGAAGUCAGUUCAUUUUAAAGUCUGAAAGAUCACAGACGUGUAGCGUAUAUCCAAUAUAAGUGCAGUCUGAUGCAGUGCAAUUUCAAUAAAAAUUUGAUCUUACAAUAAACGUCGGGCAUCAAUAAAAAUUGCAUAUAAUCUUUAUUUUCGAUAAAAUAAAUAUAUUUUGAACAGUCUGACGAAAGGUGAACGUACGCACGUAUCUGCGCUGUUAGAAAUAGGCCCCGACGGGUUUCAUUAGAUAAACGAAGGAAUUGAGAAUGGGCAGAAGCAGUACUGGACCGGUGAUCAGAAUGUCUUCCGGAAGUCACGGUGCAGGUGGGAUCGAGUGUUGCUUUUGCAGAUGCUGCACGUGCAUUCAUAUUGAAUUUUUGAAAACGUCACCAGGAAUAAUCAAGAUAAGCGAAACGAUUAUUAGCGGUCUUAUUCAAAGUCUACUUAUCAAUUACGGACUUAGGUACAGUUCCACCAUUGGCUCAGCGUUUGAAGGUUCGCUCACAACGGCUUCCGCCUGUUUCCUCACUUCCUCUGUGCUUCUUGCUUGCUAUGUUAUUUCGGAGAAAUCCUACAGGCUGGUUCGAUCGUCGCUUUUCGAACUGAUGUUCAACGCUCUGGCAUGCUUUCUCUAUAUGAGCUCAGCGUCGUAUUUGGCUUUUUCAACAAAAAUGUUUCUUUGGGCUCAGUAUCUCUUGACUCCUGGUUACGACGUUUAUCCCGCUAUGACAGCAGCUUAUCUACUCAGUGGCGUAGUCGGAUUGUUACACGGUGCUGAUGCGUAUUUCUCAUAUAUUCAUUACAGAGGUGGAAGAUAAUCGAAUUUAUUAAUUUUUAACCUGUAAAAAUACUAGUAAGAUAAACGGCAGUGUAUAUUAAUC